AUGUCAGAUUCCACCGUUUUUAGUACCGCUGAGGUUGCGUCUCACUCUACAAGAGAUGAUUUGUGGAUAGUUAUACAUGGCAAAGUUUACAAUGUGACAGAAUAUGUCCGGGAUCAUCCAGGUGGCGUUGACGUCCUCAUCGAUCUCGCAGGCAAGGACGCGACUGAAGGCUAUGAUGACGUUGGCCACUCAGAAGAUGCAGACGAGAUCUUGCACUCAUACCUCGUUGGAAUCGCCGCAGACAGCAACAAAGCCCGCAAGACCAAGGCCGUGAAGCUUGUGCAACAAUCAAGUCCACUACCCACCAAGACGCAAACUUCCUCCGCUUCAUCGACUGCGCUUAAAGCCAUCCUUGCCUCGGUGGCGGUAGCAGCACCCGCGUACUACGCCUCACAACGCGAGCUAUUCUCCCAGAUACCGAUCGACAAGCUGCCUUCUCUUGCGUUAAUUGGUGGCGCAUCAUCAGGCAGCCCGCAAUCCCCCUUUUUCAAAGGAUUCGCCAUCGCCACCUGCCUCUCUGCCAUUGCCUUCGCCGUAGUAGGCAAAGAACUCGCAAAGUUCACCCAUGUCGAAGAAGGUUUCGGACGCUACCCGCCCUAUCGAAAAGCGCGACCUCGCGUAGCGCCUGCAAACCCGCACCUCGCAAGGGGCUUCCUCGACGCAAAAGAAUACAAGCCGCUCAAGGUAGCCAAGAUCACCAAGAUCUCUCCGAAUGUUUUCAAGUACACUUUUGCGCUUCCGGACCCAAGGGAUGUCAUCGGUCUUCCUAUUGGCCAACACGUUGCCAUCAAAGCCACGAUCAACGGAAAGACCGUAACGCGCUCUUAUACACCAACCUCUAACAAUAUCGACACCGGCGUGCUCGAGCUCGUCAUCAAGAUCUACCCCGACGGCGCGCUCACAGGAAAUUAUUUCGCGAACCUGAAGGUUGGAGAUGAAGUUCUGUUCCGCGGACCGAAGGGUGCCAUGAAGUAUACCACAGGGCACUGCAAGAACAUUGGUAUGAUUGCUGGUGGCACAGGAAUCACGCCCAUGUACGCCCUAAUCCGCUCCAUUUGCGAGGACCCACGCGAUACAACAUCGAUUUCACUUGUUUAUGCGAACCGCACCGAAGAUGAUAUUCUCCUGCGCUCAGAGCUCGAGACUUUUGCGCGGCGGUAUCCUAAGAAUUUCAAAGUGUGGUUCAUGCUGGACACCCCACCGCCAGGGUGGACGGGUGGAAGCGGCUUCGUUACACGCGAUGUCAUGAAGGAGCGACUGCCCACGGUGGGCCCGGAUACCAGAAUCAUGCUUUGUGGUCCGCCAGGAAUGAUAGGGGCUGCGAAGAAGGGGCUGGUAGAUUUAGGCUUCAAGGAGCCUGGAGCAGUCGGGAAGAUGGCGGAUGAGAUCUUUUGCUUCUAA